AUGCAAAAGCAAGCAUUCGGAAUGACUAAGUCUGUAAAUCUCAGUCGAUAAUCAUCCAUCUCAUCUCAAACAUCAAAUUCAGAUAAAAAACCUAAAAUUAACUCAUACAUAUCAUUAUCACCUCGCUUUGAUCCAGAAAAAGGUUUGGCUUUUGAGAACAGUAUCAAGGAAGUCAAAAUAAAAGAAGAUGAACCAGAUUCGCCCUAAUAAUAGCUAUAGUAGAGUUAGAGUUUAUAAAAAAUUGGAAAGAUCAAGAAAUAAUCAAGUUUCACUUUAAAAGCAUAAAAAGAUGAAUAAAUGAAAAAAAGUUAAUUCAGUAGAACAUAAAGAGCAGAUAGCUUGAACCCUUAGAAAAAUCAAUGA